AUGCCGACUGGUGAGAUGCCAGAAGUCGCGCAACUAGAUGGAGCACUUGCAGAUGAUGCAGUGCGAAGCACAGCGCAGGACCUGGACUGCACAUCCCCAAGUGCCAGCUCGACGAUGCCCAUGGAAGACAUGAGGGAAAUCUUAACAGCUGUCACUCAGCAUUCCGACCUGGCGACGGCAUUGCGGCAGAAAGGGCAAGCAGGACGAGCUGUGCGCACGCUGGAACGGGCGGUUGCCAUGUGCGCGAAAGCUGAGCAAAUCCACCCCGCCAUUGCGGUAGAAGCAGCGCGGGCACGUGUGAAUUUGGCAGCUGCUUUGUCCGAGGCGGCUCGUCAUCGAGAAGCCAUCGCCCACAUCAGGAAGGCCCAACGUGGAUUAGAUCAAAUUUUGGCAUGGGCAGAACAGUGUGGUGAUUCUGACACUGGAGCCAAGCAGAUUGCAGGCGAAGCUUCAGCUCUUCGCUGUGCUGCGCUGGUCGCAGAGUCGAUCGAACUAGAUCUUUGCCCAGGUGCUGCUGCUGACUUUGACAUGCCUUUGAGCGAAACGACUAUGUUGCGCGAAACGCUGACACCGAAGAACCGAACCGUGAGCUUGCCGCAGAUCGGACAGAAAGCUCGCAGAGAGAAGAAGAUACGCAAGGAUGACAAGGCUUCAAAGACCCAUCUUCCCGGCGCAGCAAAGUCUUCAGAUGUGGUCGGCGAGAAGCGGCAACCGGUGAUCAAGCUUUCGCUACGGCCACGAGCUGCAGAGGAGCGCACCGAUGUCUUCAGCGACUUCCUUCGUGGUGUGGAGGCUGAGGGUGUGGCCCGCCUUGGUGCUCUGAAUGACAAUUGGGAGGACCAGGCGAAGCGGCGGUUGGGCCAAGUCCACCGCAGGACGCGUCUUCAGUUGGAUUUGAUGGGUGACAAUGACCUCAAGGAGAAGCGUUACACUAGCACUGGCCACCAAGUCUUCAUGAAGGCCAUGAAGAAAGCCAACAAAAGCUGGAGCGAUCCGGCUUUUCGCUGGUCAACAAUCUGCGUUCCAAUCAUGGGAGGUCCAGCAUCAAGGGUGAAGCGUGAUGCCUUCACAGUUUCACAGAUGCCUUUGCAAAAGCAAAUGUGUAAGGCAUAUUGCAGCUCCAAGAAUGAGCCUGACGCCGUCGCCAGCGAAGCUCCGGUUGUCUAUGAAAGCCAGCCUUCACGACGGACAGUGGAUGCGUGCCACACAGAUGGCUCUCAAACGGCGGCUGCAAGGACCCUCAUUGAGAGUGCUGCAGAUGCCGCGGCGAUGGUUUUUGAGAGUACACCGGUUUCGGCUUCGGCCGACGCCUCGUCGAGCCAUGGUGCUGCUCCCGCGGAGUCCAUGGUUUUUGAGAGCAAGCCGCAGGAGUCCAAGGCAGAUGCCCUGCACAGGGCUGGUACAAGAACCGCAGCAGAUGCUGAGGAGCUUAUUCAGUCAGCUGCAGAUUUGUGGACCUCCGGCCAGAACCUUGUGUACGAAAACACCCCUGCUGCCAGCGAUGCAAACGUUUCACAUGCAUCUUUGCUCCAGGCACCCACGUCGUCGGUCUAUGAGAGCAGUCCUGCUGCUUCACGUGCUGAUUUCAUCAGUGGGAAUGCGUGCCUGGCAGACUCUGCGAGGACGCUGAUUGAAGAUGCUGCCGCGAAAGCAGAGCUCACAAUGCCGAAGCCAAAGACACCAUCUGCGGCUGCUGCGAGGGCAACGGAAGCAAGAGACACCAUUGAGAAAGUCGCUGCAUCAGAGCUUUCAGUCGGACAGUCAGGUGCGUGCGUCUUUGAGAGCCAGCCGGCCGAGAGCAUGGCAUCAGCUUGCCAUGGAAAAGAUUACUCCAGCGGAGAAGAGGUGACCGAUGAUGAGGAGGAGGACACCAAGGUAGUGAUGCUUGUGCGGCGGUUGCUUGUGAUCGUAUUGAUGGUUGGUGGUUGGAGCUCAUCGGGUGGUACUAUGGCUGUUGUUGUCGAAUCUCUCGUGGACACCGUGACGAUCUCCCGGCUGGGACCUCUGGCAAAUCAGCUCUUGAGAGCAUGUGCAGCAUGUGUCAUCGCACUCGAGACGGUCACAGUCUUGACCGCGCAGUUGGCAGCAAAAGCAGAAGUGCAACGAGCGCAGCAGCGGGUGAAGCUCCUUGGCGGGGGCGAGAAGCCACACCUGCCGCCCUUACCGCCGACUCUACGGUCGGCAGACCUUCAAACCAAGGAUGUCGAGCAAAUACAAUCCGCUUACCACUGGAGGCCUGUUCAGAUCCGCGAGCACUGCUUUGCCUCGGACCAGCCUGGUAGAAGCUUGGGAACAUAUGUCAACACCCUGAGCUUCAACUUGGCGCCACAGACGCUGCAGGGAGCCAAGCCGCUUCAGAUUCGACUCGCCGCCGGGAACUUUACGGCCCAGGGAGCAGUUUGGUGCUACAUCCUUGAAGAUUCCUUUGUGCAGUGCCGCGGUGUGGUCAUCGGCACCUGUCCGAAGACCCACGAUCCUGAGAACGGCAGGAACAUUCGUAUUUGCCGCCUGCCGGUGGAGGCACGCCCGCGCCGUGGCCUUCAGUUUGCUGCGCUCUCGAGGGAGGCCUACGAUGUUGGUGGUCACAUCACCUACACUUCCAGCCGGGUGGCCUUGACCGUUACACCAGAUGGCUGGAUAUGUGGUCAUUCCACACGUGAGAUGGAGGGGGCCAUCGAUCUCUCCGCUAUUCGCUUUUGCAAGCAAGGCGGCAUCUCUCUUACCGACGAGGUGACGCUGCAUACUGUGGAUGUUCGCGGUUCUCGCCUGGUUUGUCUUCAAGGACACCUAUCCGAAUGCUUCUAUGUGUUGCAAUCCAAGCGCCCUCUGGCCAUGCUCCCAGAGAGCUGUCGGCCGAAGGAGGUGCUGCAUUUUGUGACUCCUGGCUCUGGACCGGGGGCCUUCCACCUUAUUCAGGUUCGGCCUACACAAGGUUCCGGCAUCGGCGGUGAUCUAAUGUGGAAAGAUGGUGUGUGGAAUCACGACGAAGUCCAUCUCACCGGGAUUAUGUACGAGGUCAGUGCAGAUGCUUUGUCACUCUCGUUCCUCGAUGCUUCCUGGUCACAAGAGAUCUUGAGGAUCUUCGUGGCUGAGUUUCAGAAGUUUUUGAUGGCAAAGUUUGGCAGCAUCGACGAUGCAUGGGAUGAGGCUUUCGAUCUGAACGGGCUCGGCGUGGUGAACUUCACCCAGUUCAGCGUUGGCUGCAAGAAAGCCGGCUAUGUUGGCAAUGCCACACGGUUGUGGGCGGCGAUCAAUGACGAUCACGGCGACGUGAUCUGCCUCGAUCAGCUUGCCAGGAAUUACUUAGAACCGGAGCCUUCGGACCAGCUGGACAUCGGUCGCAAUGGGGAGGAUCCGCCCGCGCUGGAGAAUGGAGCUGGCUGA